GGACGCUGCUCUCGCCAAGGAAACGGGGAGAGAAACAGACGCAGUCGGAGGGCUGAGGUGAUCGGGAUAGAGGCAGCAUUGCACACCGACACCCUGCAUCCAGGAUGCCCGUGCGAUUCAAGGGUUUAAGUGAAUAUAAACAUAACUUCAGUUGGAAUGACUCCAAGAGAUCACGCUCCAGUAGUCCUGUUUCUAAACAGAAAAUACCAUGGGCAGGUCUCCCUUCAGAACUGCUUGGAAGUACUAGAGAACCAAACUUUAUCUCAAAGAAGCGAGUGCCAUAUUACAGACCUCAAGUUUCACAAUCUUUUCAUUGGGAUGGAAGUAGUAAUUCAAGAAGUACACUUCAUAAACCAUUACCAAAUGUAUCUGAACAAGUGAAAUUGCAGUCUUCUGAAUUCAAUGGAAAAGUAAUUGAGAAGAGUCAAGAGAGCCAGAAAGAAUGUGAAACACCUGAUGGUCCUCGAAAACCUAAAGUGCCCAGGUCACGGUCUGCAGACUGCCAUUUGCACUCAGUGCAAGAACCAACUGUGGGGAAAGACAAGCAAUUGGUUGCAGGUGCUCACAAAACAAAGGACAACAAUAAAUCUUGUAGGAAGGAAGUUGCGGAUAAGGCAGUUGGUAAUGAUGUUAGCUAUGCACUCCUUAAAAAAUCAGGAUUGAAGACUGCACCACGGAAGAGUUUAGGGAGAAGCUCUGAAUACCAACGGCAAUUUGGUUGGAAAAAUCAAAUAGACAAUUCCCCAUUAUUGGCUGCAGAACAGAUUAUUCACACCAAAAUUCAGGAUAUUCCUCCACUUCAAAAGGGUAAGAUGACCAGUGAAACAGAAUAUUCAAGUCAGUUUAAAGGUAUGCAACCACCUAAAGGACCACGGUUGCGUAAAGAUUUUGAAGAAAAGGCUUUAGCAUUGGAACUGGAAAGCCUUUCUCCACUGAAGUCAACAGGGUCGACCUCAAGGGACCAGAAUCAAGAAACAGAGCCACAGGGCAAACAGCUUCUAAAUGAACAGAAUUCACAAAAAACUGUUCACUCAAACAAAGGACUUAGAAAUGUUAAGUCUGAAUAUAAGACUAAUUUCAAGUCUCCUGCCCAGUAUGAUUAUAGAGAAACAGAAUAUAGAUCUGAAGGGGGAACUGAACCCAACCUAAUUUCCCCUUGGUAUGCAGAGGUGAAGGAACUUAGAGAGAAAGCUAAAGCAUAUAAGAGGAGAGCACUUGGUACUCACUUCUCCCGGGAUCAUCUCAUCCAGAUUCUUUCUGAACAAAAUAAGAUGUGGGAUGUGUCCUCAACAUCUGAUACUGAAGAAUCAGUCAGUGAUUGUGUCAAAGCUCUGGACCUUGCAAGGGCCAGAGAAACACCCAACAUUUCCAGCAUGCAAAAAAAUCAUAGCUCUACAGAACAAAGUGCUACAUUAUCACCAAGGGCUACUACAAAAUACAGUGAAACAGUACAGAACGGUAUUUCAGAUGUUCCUACUCUUCCAGUCAGCAGAAAAUUGGCAUGGAAUAAUGAGGAAGAGAAGCCACAUGAAGCAGAACUAACAGAAGGUGACCACGAACAAAAUUGUGAAGCUAAGGAGGUGGUUGAGGGGCAUGCAGAAGUGGAAGCAGUUGUGGAAAGAGAAGCAGCCCCUGUAAAUGGACAGGAUGUGGUAACAGGAAAGUCAGACUCGAAUGGACAGUCUGAGUUUGGAUCUGAUGCAGGUGGACGACUCCCCACUCCAAAGCUGAAGACAACUGGUGGAAUCCAACGAACUCAUCAUGAUCUGACCACACCUGCCAUUGGAGGUGCUGUUUUGGUUGCUCCUCGCCAAGUCAAAUCACCAUCACCCAUUCGUAGAAGGACUCAGCCUCCAUUGGGAAAAUCAUAUUCACCUUAUAAAUAUUUAUCAGAAUCACCAAACAAAAUACAGAAAAAGACUGAACUGCUGCGACAAUCUCCAGCAGCUGGUGUUAAGACGUGUGAUCCUAUUCCUUUGAGGGAAGAAUGCAUGCCUGCAGAUUACAGUACCCCAUCCUAUGGAAUGUCUGUGCCUUCUAUUCAAGCACCACUGAUGUCUCAUCCUGCUUUUGAUCAGAAUUCUGCUUCACUUACUACUUCACCAUCUAGGAGCUUCCCACAUCGGAUACAAGGAACACUUAGACAUCCGGAGUUCCAGCAUAAUGGUAAUACUGGAGGACCAAGGACCGGUCUGCUGAGGUUACAAGCAACAGACCCAGCUGGUGCAGAUAAUGAGGAUGAUCGAAUGUCACAAAUAUCUGCACGAUCAGCAGCAUCCAGUUCGCUUGCCUCUCAAGUCCUUGAGCGUGCUCAGAAAAGGAGAGAUAAUUUCUGGGGCAAGAGCCCAUGAACUUUCAAAUAGUGGUUCUUACCAAGAAGGAUGUGUGGCUUUUGGUAAGGUGUGAGAUUUUUUAGUCGGAAAAUUGCAUCCUGUUCAGAUUUGAAUUAGAAUUUUUGCUUCGUAUGUGAUAAAUGUUACACUUUUCCCUUCUGUUUGUUAUUUAAAAACAUUUGAUUUACGGUGUUCUGUGUGUAGAUGCUGAGAACUAAAAUUCAGAUUUUGAUGGUUGCUAAAAUUUUACAAUAAUAAAGAUACAUAAAAUCUAAUUUCAGCUACACAGAAUAUAGUAAAAACAUUACUAAAUUUUAACGUCUGUAAAAAUGGAAUGUCCACAGAGUAAUUUUAAUAAAUUAUUUUUUUAG